AUAUUGCAACAAACGUCAACCGGUCGAGGUCGUAUGUUUUGUUUUGCCACAUGGCUCUCCAUUCUUAAAACCAUAUCGAUAUUCUUUCGCGCAGCAUGAGGCUUCAAUUCAUUCAACGUGUCAGUCGUCAGCUUUUGAUAGGCUGGAGCAACCUGCCGACCAACGGAGGCGUGGAAACGAAUAUCGUAUUUCUAUAAAACAGUCGCUCGCCCUUUGGGUGGAUCAUUCUCUAGUGACGAACUCCGUGCCGUUGCCUUCGGAGACUUGUCACAAAAAUACAUAAAUUUUAAGUAAACCCUCCUAAAGAUUUUUCUUGAAAAAUGCGUGAAUGUAUUUCAGUGCACGUUGGCCAGGCUGGUGUCCAAAUGGGCAAUGCCUGUUGGGAGUUGUACUGCCUGGAACACGGAAUCCAACCCGAUGGCCAGAUGCCGAGCGACAAGACGAUCGGUGGCGGCGAUGAUUCGUUUAACACUUUUUUCAGCGAGACCGGCGCAGGAAAGCAUGUCCCUAGAGCUGUGUUCUGCGAUCUUGAGCCAACUGUCGUAGACGAGGUUAGGACUGGUACCUACCGUCAGCUCUUCCACCCUGAGCAACUAAUCACCGGUAAGGAGGAUGCCGCUAACAACUAUGCUCGCGGGCACUACACCGUGGGCAAGCAACUGAUCGACAUUGUUUUGGAUAGACUCAGGAAACUGGCUGAUCAGUGUACAGGACUCCAGGGAUUUCUGAUAUUCCAUUCCUUUGGGGGUGGUACGGGAUCUGGAUUCUCCUCACUCCUUAUGGAACGCCUUUCCGUGGAUUAUGGUAAGAAGUCCAAGCUGGAGUUCGCCAUCUACCCAGCCCCUCAGAUCUCCACCGCUGUGGUUGAGCCCUACAACUCCAUCCUGACCACCCACACAACCCUGGAGCAUUCUGACUGUGCCUUCAUGGUUGACAACGAGGCCAUCUACGACAUCUGCCGCCGCAACCUGGACAUCGAGAGACCCACCUACACCAACCUGAACCGUCUGAUUGGUCAGAUUGUGUCCUCCAUUACUGCCUCUCUACGCUUUGAUGGUGCACUCAACGUGGAUCUGACUGAGUUCCAGACCAACUUGGUGCCCUAUCCUCGUAUCCACUUCCCUCUGGCUACCUACGCCCCAGUUAUCUCUGCGGAGAAGGCAUACCACGAACAGCUCACAGUUGCAGAAAUUACAACUUCCUGCUUUGAGCCAGCCAAUCAGAUGGUGAAGUGUGACCCACGUCACGGCAAAUACAUGGCCUGCUGUCUGCUCUUCCGUGGUGACGUGGUUCCCAAGGACGUCAACGCUGCCAUAGCCGCCAUCAAGACCAAGAGAACUAUCCAGUUUGUGGACUGGUGCCCCACAGGAUUCAAGGUCGGCAUCAACUACCAGCCACCCACUGUUGUCCCUGGCGGUGACUUGGCCAAGGUGCAGCGUGCCGUGUGCAUGUUGAGCAACACCACAGCCAUCGCCGAGGCCUGGGCUCGUCUGGAUCACAAGUUUGAUCUGAUGUACGCCAAGCGUGCCUUUGUCCACUGGUAUGUGGGUGAGGGUAUGGAAGAAGGAGAGUUCUCUGAGGCUCGUGAGGAUUUGGCAGCCCUUGAGAAGGAUUACGAGGAGGUUGGUCUUGACAGUGUUGAGGAAGAAGGCGAAGAGGAGGGAGAGGAAUACUAGGAACUACUGAAAAUAACACAAUACUUAUAAGAUAUAAGCAGGGGGGGCUCAAUGGAUUCGCCAUUGUGUCAACCUUGCAACUGAUAAUUGAUUGUUCUGGCGAGUCAAAUGUAUCGUAACGUAGGAAGGCAGCUUAAUUAAACUCGGUCCAAAGUAAUAAACCAUCUUCAAAGCC